CUCCUUCCCCUCUCCUCCUCCUCCUUCGUCCAUUCCGCCCGUGCCUCCUCCGUCCACCCCGGCGCCGCCUCCUCCUCAAUUUGCGUCGUUGAUCCCGCGCGGGCUUGCACCGCCGCGCCAUCACCGGUGUGGUGGGAGUAGGGUUCCUAAUCAGGAAGGUGCCAUGGCGAGGUUAGUGUCCACCGCCCUCAUGAAGGGACUUGUGAGAUCGUCCCGAGCGUCCAAUGCAGCUGCUGUAUCACGACCAGCUAUCCAUCAGUUUAUGAACUAUUCAUCAAGUCUUGGCGGUGCUCCUAAUGCCAAUGGAGACUCGAGUACAACACAAGUAGCUGCUGAUCCUGAUACACAUCAAGAUUUCCAGCCAAGAAGCAAAAGUUCGGACAUGCCUUUGCACGACAUUGUUGCUCAUGAUAUCAAGGAGAAUCCAGUCUUGAUCUAUAUGAAGGGUAAUACUGAUUCUCCAAGGUGUGGGUUCAGUGCAUUGGCAGUUAAGGUCCUCCAGCAAUAUGGUGUCCAUAUCAUUGCUAGAGAUAUUCUGGCGGAUAUCAAACUCAAAGAGAGUGUUAAAGCCCACACUAAUUGGCCUACAUUUCCACAAGUAUUUAUCAAAGGAGAGUUUGUUGGGGGAUCCGAUAUCAUACUAACCAUGCACCAGAAGGGUGAACUUAAGGAUCUGCUUGCCGAUAUCCCACAAAAAGGCAAACAAAAUGGUGGCUCAUGAACAAGCCACACUUUGGAUACGAAUUUGUGUUCGUUGUGAUCUGGUCGUGCCAAUCAUAUGAUGGAAGAUCCCUCAGUGGCUCAAUUCCAGGAGUAUCCCAUAUUCUCUUCCGUGAUAAAUAAACGUCACUUCACGACACUCUUCUUUGGUGUGCGCUGUGCAGUCCGCCUUUAGGUUCCUUUUCUUUUGGGCUGAACGAGAGCCGCAGUAGAAAACGAGGCUAUGACACCCUUAUAUGUGCUACUAUUCUAUUUUUACCAGUUAAAUUUGUUUUUGUUCUUAACUGCCUUCCACCAGAAAAACACGUCAGGCUGUGUUGUUGGCUUGUUGCGAUACUGAAAUAGAUCUGCCUGCGUAAUAGCUACGUCAUCAGAGAUGUUCUUAGAAA